CCAGUGUCGGUGGCCAUGAUGUCUCCACAGAUGAUCACCCCCCAGCAGAUGCAGCAGAUCCUGUCACCCCCUCAGCUCCAGGCCCUGCUGCAGCAGCAACAGGCCAUCAUGCUUCAACAGCUACAGGAAUAUUAUAAGAAACAACAAGAGCAGCUUCAUUUACAGCUCCUCACCCAGCAGCAAGCUGGGAAACAGCAACCCAAAGAGCAGGCACUUGGGAACAAGCAGCUGGCUUUCCAGCAACAGCUUCUUCAGAUGCAGCAGCUGCAACAGCAGCACCUGUUGAACCUGCAAAGACAGGGUCUGGUCAGUCUACAGCCCAGCCAGGCAACAGGACCUCUCCAAACCCUCCCACAAGCUGUGUGCCCAUCCGACCUGCCCCAGCUAUGGAAGGGAGAUGGGGCAGCUGCCCAGCCAGCUGAAGACAGCAUCAAGCAGGAGGGGCUGGACCUCACCACAGCAGCAGCCACCGCUACCUCGUUUGCCCCGCCCAAGGUCUCACCCCCCCUCUCCCACCACACCCUCCCCAAUGGGCAACCCACUGUGCUUACACCUCGACGAGACAGCUCCUCACACGAGGACACCCCUGGCUCCCAUCCCCUCUAUGGGCAUGGGGAGUGCAAAUGGCCAGGCUGUGAGACCCUUUGUGAAGACCUGGGGCAGUUUGUCAAACACCUCAACACAGAACAUGCACUUGACGACAGAAGCACAGCCCAGUGCCGGGUCCAGAUGCAGGUUGUCCAGCAGCUGGAGAUACAGCUAGCCAAGGAGAGUGAACGACUUCAGGCAAUGAUGGCCCAUUUGCACAUGAGGCCUUCAGAACCCAAGCCCUUUAGCCAACCGCUGAACCUGGUAUCAGGCUCCUCACUCUCCAAGGUGACUGUCUCAGCGGCUGAUUCGUUCCCGGAUGGUCUCGCCCACCCCCCCACCUCAGCUGCUGCCCCUGUUACUCCCUUACGCCCCCCUGGCCUCAGCUCUGCCAGUCUUCACAGUGGGGGCCCUGCCCGCAGGAGGAGUAGUGACAAGUUCUGCACCCCCAUCUCCUCUGAGCUGGCCCAGAAUCAUGAGUUCUACAAGAAUGCAGAUGUCCGACCUCCCUUCACCUAUGCGUCCCUCAUCCGACAGGCUAUCCUGGAGACCCCUGACAGGCAGCUCACUCUGAAUGAAAUCUACAACUGGUUCACCAGGAUGUUUGCCUAUUUCCGGAGGAACACAGCCACCUGGAAGAAUGCUGUUAGACACAACCUGAGCCUACACAAGUGCUUUGUACGAGUAGAGAAUGUCAAGGGCGCCGUGUGGACAGUGGAUGAACAUGAGUACCAAAAGCGGAGACCGCCAAAGAUGACAGGGAGUCCAACUCUGGUGAAGAACAUGAUCUCGGGCCUCAGUUAUGGAGCACUUAAUGCCAGCUAUCAGGCUGCCCUGGCCGAGAGCAGCUUCCCUCUCCUCAACAGCCCAGGCAUGCUCAACCCCGGCUCCACCAGCAGCCUCCUGCACCUGGGCCACGAGGACGUGAGCAGUACCGUAGAGCCCCUCACCAGCAACGGCAGCAUCAGCCCCCCACGCCUCUCCCCACCCCAGUACAGUCACCAGGUGCAGGUGAAGGAAGAGCCGGCUGAAGCUGAGGAGGACAGCCGGCCCGGGCCACCCCUGGGCCCCCCCAACCCUAGCACUGGGGCUCCUCCAGAAGACAGGGACCCGGAAGAGGAUCUGCCUGGGGAGGAACUGUCGUAA